AUGACGAGCAUAAAUCGCGGCUCAUACCUUGUGUUCCCGAACGAUGUCUUUGACGCGCGAGCCACCCUUAAGGCGAUCUUGGACGAAAAGUGUACUGGUUUUAAUGGGGUGCCUACGAUGUUCGGGGCUGUCCUCGAAGAGGCCAGGAAGAGAAAUCUUAUAUCCGCAAAGGUGCGAACGGGAAUCAGCUCUGGAGCUCCAGUACCCAGUUCCCUGAUGCAAGAUUUCAAACAAGUGUUCGACAUGCCCGACUUCACUAUUAUAUAUGGCCUGACAGAGACAACUGGAGCGGUGUUCAUGACCUCGCCAGAGGAUAAUUCACCGCAUAAGCUGAGAACAGUUGGUACUAUCUGCGCGCAUACAUCUGCCAAGGUCAUUGGGCCUGGUGGAGAUAUAUUGCCGCGCGGUGUACGCGGUGAGCUUUGCAUUGCAGGCUAUAGCAUCAUGAAGGGAUACUUUCGUAACUCGGAAAAGACAAAUGAGACCCUCAUCACUGAUGGAAAUGGGUUGACGUGGUUGCAUACCGGUGAUGAAGCGACGUUGGACGGGCAAGGGUAUUGUAGAAUCACAGGACGGCUGAAGGAUAUCAUCAUCAGAGGCGGCGAGAACAUCUAUCCCACAGAAAUCGAAGAGCGUCUGAGUGAGCAUCCUGCUAUUGCUCAAAGCAGUGUUGUGGGCCUGGAGGACGACAGAUAUCAAGAGAUUGUAGCAGCUUUUGUCGAGCAGCGGUUGUCUACCAAGCGCCCCACCGACGAAGAGCUCUCCGAAUGGGUCCGCCAGACCCUGGGGAGGCACAAAACACCCACCAGGUUCUUAUGGAUUGGCGAGAUUGGGAGCAGUUGCUUUUCAGGACAUCAUGGCAAUGAAACGGGCCUUGCUACGUUCCCUACUACUGCUAGUGGGAAAAUUAAGAAGGCCGAGCUUCGUAAAUUUGGAAAUGCUUGGUUGACUAAGGAGAAAAGGGGCGCAAAAAUGUGA